CUGAGCUGAAGGGAGGAGGAGUUUGGGAGAGAAGUUUGUGUAAGACAAAACCUUGGUAUUCUUUCAUGUAGCCCCCACAACAAGUACAAGAGCUGCUUUGACCAAACAGCCUGUUAUGGAAAUCCCUGCCAUAAAUCUAAAGGCCAUAGUACUGGUGCACUGGCUGCUUACGACAUGGGGAUGUAUGGUUGCGUGGCUGCCCCUCUCCUUUGCUUGGGGGAACUUCAGCGUUUUAGCCGUUGGGGUCUGGGCCAUUGCACAGAGGGACUCGAUUGAUGCUGUGCUUAUGUUUCUGAUCGGGAUGGUUGUGACAAUUUUGACCGACAUUAUCCAUUUUGGGAUCUAUUACCCGCAAAUUGAAUUAACAACUACCAGAAGGGACUUGUAUCGCUUCAGCGCAGGAAUGGCCAUCCUCAGCCUGCUGCUUAAACCUGUGUCCUGCUUCUUCGUCUACCAAAUGUACCGUGAACGUGGAGGAGAUUAUAACGUUAACUUUGGUUUCCCCUCUGUAUCACGGAACAGAGAUGCCUACCAGUCCAUUGACCAGGAGAAUGAAUCUUCCAGCCCAGCGAAUCCCUUCAACCAGGCCCAGGACAGCAAACCAGGAGUCCGCACAUACUGAGAGAACCAGGUGGUGAACAAUGCAGUGCUUUCCUCUGACUUUUUAUAGUGUUUAGGUGCAAUUUUUACAAUCGUUUCCACAUCGGUUCCUGUGUUUUGUACAGUAAUCCUGCUUCAGAUUGCAACAUAUUGAAUACUUUUUAUUAAGAUAAAUCAUUAGCUCUGUUAGGGUUUUAUAGUGGAAUAUGGCAUAAUUAAACCUAUUAAUUUUUUUCUUCAAAGGUGGUAACGUAUUUUGCUAACCUGGCACAAUAAUAAGAAUACAGAGGAAACACUGCUCCACCACUUCCAUGCUGUGUUACUGUUGUUUCCUAUUUUUGGUAGAGAGGUGUUGAAUGGAACUGUUGUGUCUGCAGCAUUUUUGUCAGUUUACUUUUUCCAAGUGGGUCAAUUUUAUAAAUGUGGCACUUAUAGACAUUAAGAAUCUUGUCCGUUUCUCUUUGUGAUCUGUAGAUUAUUAUGUUCUCCUUGUGUGCAGUAUUUAAUUAUUAUUUUCCAACUAGUCCUUGCUUUAUGGCACUGCAACGCUGGACAGUUUUUAAAACAAGAGAACUGAAAUGAAUGUUCAUUGUCGUGUCGUUUUCAGGAACAAGAGCUGUAAAACCCUUUGACUGAAUUGAAGACAUGAUGACCAAAUUAACAUACAGGCCUUCAUAGUACAGUGCAGCACACAGACAGGCACUGUUCUUUUAUCUUGAUGUUGAUCUAUGCAAAGACUGUAUUAGGAGUAUUAUCACGUCUAAUGCUGUAACAAUGAAAAAUAGAUUAAAACAUAAAAACUUUUGUAAUGAGUAAGUAAUGAUCAGUCUGUGCAUAAGCAAAGCGACAUUUUCUUAUUUAAAACUAUUUUAAUGUAUUAUUCUUAUGUAGUUGUCAUAAGUAAACUUGUUUCAGUAAAUUACAGACCACAUACUGUGCAGCCUGUGAUAGCUGUUGAUCUGUUAGAAUAUGUCUUUACUGUAUACAGACUGUAUUCACAAAAGUUAAAUGAAGAGUUUUAAGCCUUGAAAUGUUUACAUUUAAUAUUUGUAGCAUUAAAUUUGCUUAUUUGCCUUAACAUCAACUCUCAGUUUUAGUGUGCAAAUUACAUAAUGUUGAUGGCAGUUAGGAAGGUGGACACUGUGGCUGCAGGAUUGAUUUUACUGAGCGGUUGCAUCAUUUGGAUAUGUUUUUACAGUCAGUUCUCUUUUGAAAGUUUUUCAAGCUUUGAGUUCCUGUUUUGAAAUCAUGAUAACCUAUGUGACAGACUGGAGAUGUGGAUGUCGGUCACGGAAUGGUACUGUGAAACGGUCACUGCUGUAGUACCGGAGGCUCUUGAGUCAUACAGAUCAUAAUAAGUAAUAAUAAUAAGUGCAUAUUAAUGUAUAUUUGCUUAUUUGCAUAUCUCAUGUAAUUAUACCUUAACUCAGUUAAUCCAACUGUACGCUAGUGAGCCUAAGAACCCCUUACUACAACACUGCAUUACCACAUGAUCCACUUGUAUUGCAACUGCAGUUUGUUGCACUUUUUAUGACGUUAGAAAAUAAACUUUAGAAAAUCAACAAGCAUCUAUAAAAAAAAAAAAAAAAUUAAAAAAAAUUAAAAUACUGCAGCUUCAAAUUUGGGCCAGGUUUUUCAUAAUGUUCUUUUUAUGACUGGUCAUAUUUUGUUUUGGUAUCCCAACAUGAGAGUGCUCGUUGUUGUUUCUGAUUGGACAUUUUAUGUGGCAAGUGUCUGUUUUAUUUCUUCUUAAAAUAAAGAAGAACAAAGUAGAACAUUAGUUGAAUGAAGUUUUAUAACACAGAUAAACUCUGUACACAGAGGAUUAACAUAGUGUUUGCAUCUGUAUGCACAGCAACUUGAAUUUUGAGACCCCUGUCAGAUUUUUCUCUGUCUAUUCUUCUCUCAUGCAUUUCUUCUUCUUCUAUGUCACACCUCUGUUUACUCUCCCCCAGCUCCUCUCCAAGAUCUCUGUACUGCCCUGCUUAUAUUUAACCAACCAAACCACACAUAUAUCUUCCUGCUUUUCCCUUUUUUUUUCACUUCACUGUGCAUAUUCCCAGAGCCAUACCACAUCCAGUCUUUUCAAUAAAUGCCAAAAUGUGUCAAAAUGUAAUUCAACCAUUAAGUAGGCCUACAAUAUGCACUACAACAGCCGUUGAGUUAAAAUGACACAAAAAUGCUAAAAACAUGAAGGUGAAAGAUUUAUUUUCUGCCUGCUGCCUCUUGCAUUGCAAAUACAACAAGAUUAAUUAUGGUGAUAAUGCUGUGUGCACCUGGGAUGUAAAAACACCUGAUUUUCAUAUUUCACCCAUAUCCCUGGUGAAAACAAGUGUUCUUGAGUGAAUUACAGUACAAGUAUUGAAGUAGUACACACAGAAUAUGAACUUGUAGUCAAGGUUUCUGUCCCUGAUGGCUUUCAUUAUCGUGAAGCGGGAGUAACUCUGGUUGGUUUGAAUGGUCUAUUGUCGUUAGGUGUGUAGGCUGUGGAGCCGUGAGCCCUUGAGGGAAGUAAUUUGUUUGUAUAUAACAUGGAUGGAAGUUAUAUUACUGCUGCAGCAACAGAAGAAAUCUUGUACACAUGAAUACAUACUAACAUUACACAAACCACAACAGCUGCAUGUUCAGCACCUCACAGUACAGCCCAAUUAUUUGUACUUUCUAAAUAUGAGCAGUAAACACCACGUUUUGGUGUCCGUCCAUCUGGAGCCAAAACACCAGAGCUGCCGCAAAAAGUGGCCUUAUAAAAAGUUACACAUCUAUCUCAGCAGUAAUUUAAAAAAAAAAAAAAGUACUUUUAUCAUUAUAGUAAGUGCAUAUUAAUGUUGUCUAGCCUACAUCCAAAACUUAUUUUUACUAAGUAACCUUGCAGUUCAAUUUUAUGGUUCAUUGUAAGGGUUCAUAAUUUCAGAACAAUUUCCUAAUACCUUCCCAGUAAGUCUCCUGAAAGAACUAUGUAAUGCGGUGCUAAAUAUGGGAAAAAAAUAGAGACCAUAUUAAAAUGGUACUCUUCUAUUAAAUAUGUUAUUUAAUAAUUAAAAUGAAUUAAUUCCAAAUAAUUUAUUGCAUAACUUAGAAUAGUCUUUUUGACAGUACACAGCAGAUCAGCUCAGCAUGAAAUCAAUGGAAAAAAAUGUGAAAAACAUUCUCAAUUACUAUUACUACUUCCCUAUAAUUGGCACCAGAUUACAUAUUGUUAUUCAGGAAACCUACUAGGAAAUGAAAAUACUAUUUGGACCAUUAGGAUUACCUAGUUACUUUACCUGUAUUAAUCAGAUGUUUUGUAAACUAGUGCUCAAUAGAAGCACCAAAACAUGUUUGGAUAAACAAACCAACACAAAUAUUGUUGACCAAGUCCUGAAUUAUCCAGCUGACACGUCACUCUUAGGAAUGAAGAUAUAUUCUAACUUUCUCAUGAGUUUCAUUGAAAGUUAACGCAGCAGAAUUCCCAACCAAAAAAAAGAGAAAUAAUUCAGAGGCUACAGAGCCAGUUUGCACUGAUGUAUUCACAUCUACAAUAUGUUGGUUAUACUGUAUGUCAGUCAAUAGCUGUCCAUAAAAUGAAGGAAUCCAAUUUC